AUGCUGUUGAGGUGUGGAGAUGCGCAUCGUGGCAUGCUUAGCACUGCUAUGUUCAGGAACCAAGUGCAUGUCCAAACUGUACUCAAUAUAAUUCAUCAAGAAUCCAAGUUAUUCUUUAUUCUCAUGGGCAAACGCAAAUCAAAGAGAAAGCCACCACCAAAGGCUAAAGCAGUUGAGCCUCUUGAAACGCAGUUUAACUGCCCAUUCUGCAACCAUGAGCGAGUAUGCGAAGUUAAAAUGGAUCGGGAGCGUAAUGUGGGCUUGAUUUGGUGUCGCGUCUGUUCGGAGGAUUUCCAGACACCGAUCAACUACCUCUCAGAGCCGAUCGAUGUUUAUUCGGAUUGGAUUGAUGCUUGUGAGUCUGCUAACGCAUGA